AUGACUGUUGUGCAGAAUCAACACAGAAACUGGGAUCCAUUAAAAAAAAUUUCUUUGAGGAGCUUUUUUGGGACAAAGGAAUCCAUUAAGAAAAGUGCUGGUUAUUUGGAGGAUGUCAAGCCAUCUUUACAAGAUGAGCCUACCAUCAAAGACAUUGAGACAAUUGAAUUGGAUAACUUGCCUGCUGAACAGGCCAAUCCCUCCAUUCGAAAGUCAAGCAGAAUGACAACCAAAAAGUCAUACACUCCUCCAUCGAUUGGGGAUAUUUUUAACGAUGAAGAUCUGGAUGCCGACUUGAUGAGCAUCGAUACGUCCCACAUGCUUAACGACCCCGAUAAAGAGGCAUUGAAAAGUAUUAUUGAGCAAAAAUCCAAACUCCGGAUUCUCAAUGAUGAGCUUGAAGUACUCCAGCAACGAACAGCUUCAACGGAUGCUUUGAAAUCUUUUCCUUCCAAACGAACGGUGGCUUCGGAUGAUGAGUUUGAGGCUCAUGAACGAUCUUCCCAUUCAUCGAAUAACCCCUCAGAUGAUCAAAAUGAGCUUUUGGAGAUUGUGAAGCCAUUUCAUCACGCCUCUUCGAAAAAACCCAAGCCUGUUUCGUUCUUUACCGAGGGAGUCCCUAAGAUUGAAACAACAAGCGUCGAGGCCAUUCUUGUUGGAGAAAAAAAGGCCUUCAACUAUUUCCAGCUUCUCAGUAAACAAGCCUCAAACUGUGCUCGCCAUCCUGGGGUUUCUAUUGAGGGGAAAGAAAACUGCCUUUUGGGAUUGACGUUUGUGUUUACGGGAAAUUUUGCGCAACUAAAUAGAGAAGAGAUUCAGGAUCUAUCGAAACGAUAUGGAGGAAAGGUGACAAGUGCCCCAAGUGGAAAAACUUCGUUUAUCGUUGUCGGUGAUGACCCGGGGCCUGGGAAGAUUGAAAAGGCCAAGCAACUUGGGCUUUCUCUGCUUAAUGAGGAGCAGUUUUAUAAAUUGAUCCAAACAAUGCCAAGACGUUCCGAGCAUGGCGAAGUGAUCGAGGAUGACCAUGUUGCAAUGUGCGCCAAAAAAGAGCCUCCAAAGCAAAGGUCAGCCCCAGUUCAAAAAGGCGCCCCAGAUGCUUGUUUGGACUCGCUCAUGUGGACCUUUAAAUACAUGCCCAAAGACCUUUCCGAGCUUGUUGGGAACAACUCCCAGGUUCAAAAGCUGCGGCAAUGGCUUCAAGAAUGGGCUAGGAAAAGAAAAGGCCCCAUGGGCGCCACGUUCAAGGCGGCGCUUAUAUCGGGUCCUCCUGGCAUCGGAAAGACCACCGCUGCAAAUCUGGUAGCAAAAAUCGAGGGCUAUAUGGCGGUAGAGCUCAAUGCUAGCGAUACAAGGAGCAAAAAAAGCCUCAAAAAUGAAGUCCAAGAUCUUCUUGACAAUAAGACGAUGAUAACCAAUACGACCUCCUUUGGCUCAAAAACCCCAUUCAAAAGCAUUCUUCUAAUCAUGGAUGAGGUUGACGGGAUGUCCGCGGGAGAUCGCGGUGGCAUGGCAGAAUUGAUUGUGCUGCUUAAAAAGACAAAAAUCCCCGUCAUUUGUAUUUGUAAUGACAGAUCGAGCAUCAAAGUGCGCUCUCUUGCCAACUACUGUCUUGAUAUCCGAUUUCGAAGACCGGAUUCCCGUCAAAUUGCUCCAAGGAUUUCGGAAAUUUGUCGAAAACAAAACCUACCGAUUUCCGCAAACAUCGUCGACCAACUUGUCUCGUCCACACAUGGGGAUAUGCGGCAAAUAUUGAAUAUCUUGAGCACAUGGCUGUUAACAAAAGAUUCCCUCUCCUACGAUGAGGCCAAGUUUACCUUUAGCUCUGAACUCUCUAAAAAGGAUACGGAAAAGGGGCCUUUUGAUGUGAUUGGCGAGUUGAUGUCCCGCUCCUCGUUUUCCUCAAAAUCGAUCAACCAGCUACUUGAGCUCUAUUUUACCGAUUCUUCAUUGGUCCCACUAAUGAUGCAGGAAAACUAUGUCGCCUGCAAGCCUACACUGCCGCAUGCCAAAUCGCAAAAACAGGCCGAUUUUUUAACUUUGCAGAAAAUUAGUGCCGCAGCAGACUCGUUCUCAUUAUCAGACAUUGUCGAUGCCAGGAUCCAUGGCGCAAAUCAAUUGUGGACCCUUGCUCCUUUUCAUGGCUUUCUAUCGUGCGUGGUGCCGGCUUUUAAUUGCUCCGGCUCGUUGGGUGGACGAAUCGAAUUUGCAAGUUGGCUUGGGCAAAAUUCGAAAUGCACAAAAAACAACCGUCUUUUGACAGAACUCUCCAUUCAUCUAUGCCUUCAUGUUACGGGUGGAAAAUCGGAAAUCCGACAAGCAUACCUUCCGGCGUUUGUUUUUCUGAUGGCCUCAACGUUAAUCCAAAAGGGAGUUAAUGGCGUUGGCGAUGUGAUAGCCUAUUUGGAUCGCUACACAAUCUCAAAGGAAGAUUACGAUGCAAUUAUGGAGCUUGGGGUUGGAAAGUAUGAUGCCUCCAUCAUUUCCAACAAUAUCCCAUCAAAUGUAAAAUCCACACUAACCCGGCAGUACAACAAGGAAUUUCAUCAAAUGCCAUAUGCACUUACGGAUGUUAAGAAAAAUGCCGCUCUCUCCGCAAGUACUGUGCAAAUGGACGCUAUUUCUACUGAGGACGUACAUAUCUCCGAAGAUGAUGAAGAGAUCAAGGAAGUUUCCAAUGACCUGGUCAAAGAUAAGAUGAUAAAACCAAAGGCUUCCAAGGGAAAGGGUGUGAGUGCAGCCAAAUCUAGAGCUGCGAAAACCAUUAAGCCAAAGCGAGCCACAAAACCGCCACAAAACGCCUCAGACUCUUACGAUGAGGGCGAUGGGUUUAUAGUUUCGGAUGACGACUAA